AUGGACACCGGUGUGAUUGAAGGUGGAUUAAACGCCUCUCUCACCAUCUGGCUACUUAUGCAUGGAAAGGAAGUUGGCAGUAUCAUCGGAAAGAAAGGAGAAUCAGUUAAGAGAUGCGCGAGUAGAGUAGUGCACAUAUCAACAUCUCAGAAGGGAAUUGUCCUGAGAGAAUUAUCAUUUUGGCUGGACACACUAAUGCCAUCUUCAAAGCCUUUGCUAUGGAAGAGGACAUCAGCAGCUCUAUGA